AUGGGGGGAAAGAGUUUGGCUAUUUGCUUUGUUUUCGCAGCCAUUUUCAUGGCAUAUCACGGCGAGGCUGAGGUGGCGCGUGAAGAUUUUAUCGGGACAAGGGGCAGCCAAUUUGUUAUGAAUGGGAGGUCAUUUUAUUUUAAUGGCUUCAACUCUUAUUGGUUGAUGUAUAUGGCUUCUGACCCAUCGACUAAGGUAAAGGUGACAGACACCUUCGCUCAGGCAUCAGAGUAUGGAAUGAAUUUGGCGCGAACUUGGGCUUUUAGUGAUGGUGGCUAUAGAGCCCUUCAAACCUCUCCUGGAUUAUAUAAUGAAGAUAUGUUCAAGGGUCUAGAUUUCGUUGUGUCUGAAGCCAAGAAACAUGGAAUUUAUUUGUUAUUGACUCUCGUCAACAAUUGGGAAGGUUUUGGAGGGAAAAGACAAUAUGUACAAUGGGCUAAGGAUCAAGGUCAUUACUUGAACAAUGAUGAUGACUUCUUCACUAAUCCUAUUGUCAAACAAUACUAUAAAAAUCACGUUAAGGCUGUACUAACAAGAAUCAACUCAAUAACUGGAGUGGCGUACAAAGAUGACCCUACCAUAUUUGCAUGGGAGCUCAUCAAUGAACCUCGUUGCCAGUCUGACCUCUCCGGAAAAGCUAUUCAAGAUUGGGUUGCAGAAAUGUCAGCUUAUGUAAAAUCAAUUGACGCGAAACAUCUAGUGGAAGUUGGCAUGGAAGGAUUUUAUGGUGAAUCGAUGCCCGAAAAGAAACAAAAUAAUCCUGGUUAUGAAGUUGGAACUGAUUUCAUCGCCAACAAUCUUGUCCCUCAUGUUGACUUCACAACAAUUCAUCUAUACCCCGAUCAAUGGGUUCCUGGUUCAAACGACGAGGUACAAGCUGAAUUUGUCCACAAGUGGAUCCAAACACACAUAGAGGACUCCAAAUUGGUGAUUGGAAAGCCAAUAAUGGUGACUGAGUUCGGCAAAUCUUCAAGAUCAUCGGGUUACAAUGUGCAAGCAAGGGAUAACUACUUCAGCAGCAUAUUCGACAGUGUUUAUAAAUGUGCAAGAACCGGUGGUCCGUGUGGAGGUGCACUAUUUUGGCAAGUGAUGGCUCAAGGAAUGGGAGAUUGGAGUGAUGGUUAUGACGUUGUCUUGGAACAAAGCCCUUCUACUGUUGGUGUCAUCUCUCAGCAGUCCCGUGAAAUAUCUUCACUUAAUCAAAUUAAUUUUGCUACCUCAAUAUGA